UCAUCAUCAUCAUCAUCAAUGGCUUCCAUUUCCAGGCUCUCAAAUCCGAACCCUAUUUAUUCAUCCACUUCAUUUAAGCCCAAAUCUGUCCAGCUUAAAUGUUUGAUCGACUUCAAUUGCAAAACUACUUUUGAUCACAGGGUUUCAUCUUCUAGGCUAUCCAUCUCUACUAAGCCUGCUUCCAGCUUCUCCUUGUUUGUCAGAUGUUCCCAAUUUGAUGGAAAUGGAGGCCAAAUCAAGAAAACAGUUCUUCAUGAUCUUUAUGAGAAAGAGGGGCAGAGUCCCUGGUACGAUAACCUAUGCCGCCCUGUUACAGAUCUGCUUCCAUUGAUUGCAAAUGGUGUCAGAGGUGUGACAAGCAACCCAGCGAUUUUCCAGAAAGCAAUAUCAACUUCAAAUGCUUACAAUGAACAGUUCAGAGAACUUGUACAAGCAGGGAAAGACAUUGAAAGUGCAUACUGGGAACUUGUGGUGAAGGACAUUCAAGAUGCAUGCAAACUUUUUGAGGCAAUCUACGAUCAAACAGAUGGUGGUGAUGGCUAUGUUUCUGUUGAAGUCUCUCCCAGACUUGCUGAUGAUACUGUAGGGACUGUGGAGGCUGCAAAAUGGCUUCACAAGUUGGUUGAUCGUCGCAAUGUCUACAUAAAGAUUCCCGCCACAGCUGAAUGUAUCCCUUCAAUCAUGGAAGUCAUAUCAUGUGGCAUAAGUGUCAAUGUCACUCUCAUAUUCUCUCUGGCUAGAUAUGAAGCAGUAAUUGAUGCUUACUUGGAUGGCCUCGAGGCUUCUGGGCUAAGUGACCUCUCCAAAGUCACAAGUGUUGCUUCCUUCUUUGUUAGUCGCGUAGACACACUCGUUGACAAGAUGCUUGAGAAAAUUGGAACCCCAGAGGCCCUUGAUCUCCGAGGAAAGGCUGCAAAUGCUCAAGCAGCUUUGGCAUACCAGCUCUACCAGAAGAAAUUCUCUGGUCCCAGAUGGGAGGCUUUGGUGAAGAAAGGUGCCAAGAAGCAAAGGCUGUUGUGGGCAUCCACCAGUGUUAAGAACCCAGCUUACUCUGACACUCUAUAUGUUGCCCCUCUCAUUGGACCUGAUACUGUUUCAACCAUGCCUGACCAAGCUCUCCAAGCAUUUAUUGACCAUGGAACUGUCUUGAGGACAAUUGAUUCAAAUGUAUCUGAAUCUGAAGGCAUCUAUAGCGCCCUAGAGAAGUUGGGGAUUGACUGGGGAUAUGUUGGCUCUCAACUUGAACUUGAGGGAGUGGAUUCUUUCAAGAAGAGCUUUGACAGCCUGCUUGAUAGUCUCCAAGAGAAGGCAAACUCUCUUAAACUCGUUAGCCUGUAAGCAAGCAUUUGUGGGUUUCUUUUGGUAUUGUAACGCCAACUCAAUAAAGAAUUUUGCAGGGUUCUUUUCCUGCUGUAAAGGUCAUUGAGGUGUGUGCUGUAAGAUGAUAAUAAUGUAUACUUUGCGGAUUUUUAUCAGCUUCAAUGCAAGCGAGAACUUUUAUUA